GGGCGGUGCGGGGCGGUGAUGGCGGCGCCGCUGUGGCCGUGGCCGUGGCUGAGGCUGUGCCGCGCCCCCUCGCUGUGAGGGGCGUCGGGGCCCGCCGCCCGCACCCCUGACACCGGCUGGGCAAAAGGGGUCAGCGGCGGCGGCCCCAGCCGGCCCGGAGAGCGGGGGAAGGAGGGAGGUCAUGGCGGCGGGUCCCGGCCCCGGCGGAGGUAGCGGCGGGGCGGUGUCGGCGGCGGUGUCGGUGGGAGGCGCGGGCUGGCGGCUGCCGGGCCGGGUGCUGGAGUUGGUGUUCUCGUACCUGGAGCUGCGGGAGCUGCGGAGCUGCGCGCUGGUCUGCAAGCUGUGGCACCGCGUCCUGCACGGCGAUGAGAACAGCGAGGUGUGGCGCAGCCUGGCCGCCCGCUGCCUGGCGGAGGAGGCCCUGCGCACCGACAUCCUCUGCAACGUGCCCACAUACAAGGGCAAGGUCCGUGCCUUCCACCACGCCUUCAGCACCAACGACUGCUCCCGGAACGUCUACAUCAAGAAGAACGGCUUCACCCUGCACCGCAACCCCAUCGCCCAGAGCACCGACGGGGCGCGGACCAAGAUCGGUUUCAGCGAGGGUCGUCACGCGUGGGAGGUGUGGUGGGAGGGCCCCCUGGGCACCGUGGCCGUCAUCGGCAUCGCCACCAAGCGGGCGGCCAUGCAGUGCCAGGGCUACGUGGCCCUGCUGGGCAGCGAUGACCAGAGCUGGGGCUGGAACCUGGUGGACAAUAACUUGCUGCACAACGGGGAGGUGAACGGCAGCUUCCCCCAGUGCAAUAACGCCCCCAAAUACCAGAUAGGUGAAAGGAUUCGAGUUAUCCUGGACAUGGAAGACAAAACAUUAGCAUUUGAGAGAGGCUAUGAGUUCUUGGGAGUUGCCUUCAGAGGACUGCCAAAAGUUUGUCUGUAUCCAGCAGUGUCUGCUGUGUAUGGGAACACAGAAGUGACUUUGGUCUACCUGGGAAAACCUCUGGAUGGAUGACGUGGAUUUUGUCGUGGGGUCAUCAAGAUGUGGAUGAUUGGGAGGAGAAAUCUGCAUGUUGGUUAGAGGGAAACGUGUGUUACAGGAAAAUAACCAACCAACCAACCAAACAGAAAGGUGUGAGUGUGUGUCCAAGAGCCCUGGAGGGAAUCAUGUGGAGCUAUGAAACGGAGGGCCAGCCAUACUUCAGGAAUUGUCUUAUAUUUCCUCUUUCUACCAGGCCAGAAAAAUCCUCAGGGUUGCAGCUGGUUGUGUGGGAAGCUGACACGUGCAUGUUGCAACAGAUUUCAUUGCUAAGCUGGCAGUGUGUGUAGCCUCAAAUAUUUAAGAAAAGGAUUUGCUAUCAAACUGCUCGAGGAAGUUAACCUGAGAUUUGUAAGUAGCCUGUUUUGUGGAAGACUCCCAUUUUAAAACUGGUUGUUCCUUCCCUCCUUUGGACCAGCGUGGGGACAGGAGGAGAACAAGUCUGGUUGGGGUUUAUUUACAGUUUUUUAACAUAAUGAGAAGCAUGGUCUGUCUGGACUGCCCUUCACUAGUACAAUGAUCCAAAAUGUGUGCAGCUAUUUUUAAGUGUAUUUUAAGGGUUGUGUAUAUAUUUAGGACACGUGGAGAAGAACAGCUCAAAGAAAGGUUUCUUUGUUCUAACAAAGUUUGCUUUGUUCUAACUGGGACAGAGUUUCUGAAAGGGACAGCCCCCUUACCAUGUGGCAUCAGCAAACACACCUCAGACAGGUAUGUGACAUCCAUUUCAGUGUUCUUGUGUGGUGGUGUGAAGCAUUUGGAGAUGCUCUUGUGGUGCUGCAUUGGGUCAUUUUCUCUGGAAGUUUCCAAAGCUUUAGCUACACUUCUGUUCUCUGUAGGAAAUGCAAAAUGCUUUCCCCACAAGUUUAUUUUCCCAAGAUUUUCUGUCCCCUUUCAGAAAGGAAGCAGCAGCACAGCAGUGAGCUCAUCUUCCUUUCAACACUCUUUUAAAGCAUUCUUCCACUCUCUAAUCACUGUUGCAAAAUGUUUUGAAAUAAUAAGGAAGGAACAUUCCGUGUCUGAAUCCAGACCUUACUUUCAGCUUAAAAGGCUUUAAAACUUGGCUUUAAUAAAAAGCCAAAACCUUUCUUUAAUUCAAUAUAAUCCCCCAGUACCCAAGUAGUCACCUCCCUGUUUUCAGUCAGGACAAAUAAAACUCUCCCCAGCCCUUUGAUGGGGACUCUGGGGCAGGCCCAGUGUUCAGGCUUUUCACUUCUUCCUCUGGACUUCUGACCCCCACAAGCCAUGCUCACUGUGAAGCUGAGGGGUGUGGUAAGGAGGGACUCCUGGGUGAAACCACUUCUCUCUGAUGCUGGGAGGUUUGCAGCAGGCCCCAGAGGAGCUCCUCGGGAUGGGCAUGAAUGUCUGUGAGGCCUGCAGCCAGCUCUUGACUCUGGUGUCUGUUGGCUGGGUGUUUCCCAGAGCUGGGAAUGCUUGUCAGAGAGAGGGAGAAGGAAAUAUUUAUCCAGCCUCUGGUUUUGCUUUGUUUGUGCUAGAUUGUGUGAAUGGCUUCAGAUGGGACACUGGCAAUUCUCUGAGCACAGGAGAGGGGUUCCUCUCAGCCUGGAGCUCUUUCCUCCCCCCAUUCCUCAAUAACCUGGGCUGUCAGCAGGUGAGAGAGGCUGCUGCCCAGCUGUCCUGGGAGUGCUUUUUACCCAGCAGGUAACCAGAUUCUGCUCUGGCACAGAGUAUGUACAUCAUUGCCAGGUUAAAGGAUUUUAAAGUAUUUAUUUGUUUUGUGUGUUGUUUGUUGCUUAAAGGCAAUCAUCAAGGUCUGUUCCUCAUGGCUGCAUUAAAGAAACAAAUCAGGCAGUGACAAAUUCAGGUGGUACUGAGGACAAGUGAAUAAAUGAAGUGGUGUGGGCACAUGAGUGCCUUUUGGAAAAGUCUGUUACGAACAGGGAUUGUGCUGGACUGUAAGGUAUAAUAAAUAGAGCAUGGUAGUGGGUGCCUGAGGGGAGGGAAAAAGGAAAGAAAACCCUGUCCAGUUUCAGGAAGUAAACUUGUCCCCAAGUUGAACGCAUCGUCUGUGCAGUCCUGGAAGAUGUGACCUUUGUGCUUGUUCAUGAAUCCAGUUAGAUGCAAUUAAAUUCUGAGGAGUUUUAUUCAUAAAUUAAGGUUGAUUCCCAUUCUUCAGACUUCAUCUUACCCUCUAAAUCAUUUCACUCCAAAUGAGAAAUGCUGAAAGUUGAACAUUCCUUAAAGGUGGGCUUGAAGGGGGGACUCACUUGUGUAAGAUGAUAAUAACUUAUUCCUGGAGACCAGUGCUGGCUGUACAAAAAAAUAAAAUAAACUCUGCUGUCGUUCAGAA